AUUUUAUCCGGAAUCACAAUCUAAACAACCAUUCCUUCCCCGUAAAAGGCCAAAAGCGAAAAGCCAAGCACCGUUUGAGCGCAGCUUUAAUUGAUUGAGAUAUAAUUGUGUUUCAAGAGAAAUCAUUGAUUUCAGUCCAAACGAGUCAAAUGGCGAGACACGAGGAGCUUCCGCUUCCCAUCUAUAACACUCUGGAACCAGUGUACGGAGAGGGACCCGAAGAAGCUCAACUUCGAUUCGACAAUUUGAAAUCUAAGUUCAUCCAACUCUUCGGCCAUCCUCCUGACGUUUACGCUCGAUCUCCUGGGCGAGUGAAUUUGAUCGGAGAUCACAUCGACUAUGAGGGGUACUCGGUGUUGCCGAUGGCGAUUAGGCAAGACACGAUCGUGGCGAUCCGGAAACACGAUGCUGGAGAGUCCGAAAAGCUUCUCCGGAUUGCAAAUGUUAGCGAUAAGUACCCCAUGUGUACUUAUCCUGCUGAUCCCCACCAGGAUGUUGACUUAAAAAAUCACAGAUGGGGUCAUUAUUUCAUUUGUGGGUAUAAAGGUUACCAUGAGUAUGCUAAAUCAAAAGGGCUCGACGUAGGUCUACCAGUUGGACUUGACGUCAUUGUUGAUGGAACAGUUCCUACAGGGUCUGGACUGUCGAGCUCCGCAGCAUUUGUUUGCUCUUCUACAAUUGCUAUAAUGGCUGCUUUUGAUGUGAACUUCCCAAAGAAAGAAAUUGCCCAACUUACGUGUGAAUGUGAACGACACAUUGGGACACAAUCUGGUGGAAUGGAUCAGGCAAUCUCUGUCAUGGCCCAAAAUGGGUUUGCCGAGCUGAUUGAUUUCAACCCUAUUCGUGCUACUGAUGUUCAGCUUCCUGGUGGUGGAUCUUUUGUGAUAGCCCAUUCGUUGGCUGAAUCCCAGAAAGCAGUCACUGCAGCCACAAAUUACAAUAAUCGGGUUGUUGAAUGCCGGUUAGCUGCUAUUGUACUCGGUAUAAAGCUUGGAAUGAAACCUCAAGAGGCAGUAUCCAAAGUGAAAACUCUUUCUGAUGUAGAAGGGUUGUGUGUAUCAUUUGCCGGUAAUCAUGGUUCUUCUGAUCCUGUCCUUGCUGUCAAGGAACUUUUGAAGGAAGAACCAUAUACAGCUGAAGACAUUGAGAAAAUCACGGAGGACAACCUACAAUCAAUCUUUGCCAAUUCUCCAACUUCUCUGGAUGUGCUGAAAGUUGCCAAGAACUAUAAGUUAUUCCAGAGAGCUUCCCAUGUGUAUUCUGAAGCCAAGCGCGUGCAUACUUUCAAGGAUACUGUAUCAUCAAAUUUAAGUGAGGGGGACAUGCUGAAGAAGCUUGGUGACCUUAUGAAUGAGAGCCACUAUAGCUGCAGUGUUCUAUAUGAGUGCAGCUGUCCGGAAUUGGAAGAACUUGUAAAGAUUUGUCGAGAUAACGGUGCUGUCGGGGCAAGACUUACAGGAGCUGGAUGGGGUGGUUGUGCAGUCGCUUUAGUGAAAGAGAGUAUUGUCCCACAGUUCAUUCUGAAUUUGAAGGGUCAAUUUUAUCAUUCAAGAAUGGACAAAGGAGUGAUCAAUAAGAAUGAUCUUGGCCUCUAUGUUUUUGCUUCCAAGCCUUCAAGUGGUGCUGCCAUCUUCAAAUUUUAGUCUCCGUUUCUUUUUAGCAUUUUUUUUCCCCUCUUGGCAGUCAGAUAUGGAAAGACUCUUCUUUCAAUGAUACCAACCCAUCUUAAUUUAUAAAUAAAAUUGAAAAAAAUUGUCCUCCUCUUGUUGGAGUGUGACACAUUGUCACGGCCAAACUCAAAUAUAGAGUGAAAGAUUUGAGUGGGCUGAUGGGUCUGUUGCCCUCUUUAAGUUUUUGGAUUCUAAAAUAUGGCCCACCACAUGGAAUUAUUUUUUCAUGGGCUAUGAUACACUUAAAUGUCCAUGUCCACGUCCACAUGGCUUUGCAACACAAUUCUUAUCGACCUUUUGAGUGUGCGUGCGUUUCAAAUUUAUUUGAUAAGCUUGAUAUAAGCUUUCCAUGAA